AUGACUACCGGUUUGGAAUAUUGGAAGCUUCUUGUAACUCCUACUUAUGGAGACUCUUUAACAGAAAAUGACUGCUGUUUUAUACAACGGAAAGAAAACGUAACAGUGGAAAACCAUAUCUCACAAAGUACAGCACCAAGACCUAUGCAAGUAGUGUAUAACACUGCUCAGGAUACCUGUUUGGUAUGCACACCCACAGGAUAUUUUAUCAUAGUGAAAGAAGAACUGCACCAUCUCACUCAGUUAAAGAAGAUCAUGAAAACUUCAAAAAAAGAUGUGAAUUCAACGUAUGGGCAGCCUAUUAAGACAGAUUUGGAAACAGAUAUGUCAAGACCAAGUCUUAGUGAACCAAGCAACCUUCUUUUGCCAGAACAAAUUGAAAUACUUGCUAAGCAUCUUCCACCAAGGACAGUUGGUUACCUCUGGACUCUGACAUUCAGUGCUUCAAAACAUGGCAUGAGCAUAAAAACACUCUACCGGGCAAUGGCAGAUCAGAACUCACCAGUUUUAAUGGUUAUAAAAAACAGUAAUGGAGAGAUAUUUGGUGCUGUAGCAUCUGAACCUUUUAAGGUUCAAACGUCCUACUAUGGAACGGGAGAAACUUUUCUAUUUACCUUUUCUCCUGAGUUUAAAGUAUUUAAGUGGACUAAGGACAACAUGUUCUUUAUAAAGGGGGAUACAGACUCCAUAGGCUUUGGUGGUGGUGAGGGAGCAUUUGGUCUGUGGGUAGAUGGAGAUCUUUAUCAUGGGAGAAGCCAUAUGUGCAAAACAUUUGGAAACCAGCCACUUUCCAGGGAAGAGGAUUUCAUUAUUCAGGAUAUUGAAAUCUGGACCUUCCAAUAA